GAUUGAGUACGGUAAGUAAAUUAAGAGGUUGGGUUUUCCCUUCCUCUUUCGCUUGGCUAUAAAAGCAGGCAGACUGCAGCAGAAUCACAGAGAGGAAGACUCAUCUGGUCCUGAAAGACUCACUGCUUCAGAUAUCAAGAUGUUCCUGUUGAAGUGUCUGCCUCUGGUGGCGCUCAUAGCGGCCGCCUUCAGCGCUAAUCCGGGUGUGAAGAUCAGACUGACACAGAAAGGGCUUGAAUAUGGGAAACAACUGGGCAUGGCUUCACUGCUGGAGAAACUCAAAACCGCCCAGAUCCCAGAUUUUUCCGGAAAAGAGAGGGUGUCUCCCAUUGGGAAAGUCCAGUACAGUUUGACGAACAUCCAUGUAGUGAACUUAGGGCUGCCUCAGUCGUCUAUCAAUCUUGUGCCAGGAAGUGGGGUGCAACUGAGUAUCAGCAAUGCCUUCAUCAGUCUGCGUGGAAACUGGAGGGUCAAGUACCUAAGGUUCAUAAAGGACAGCGGCUCCUUGGAUGUCAACGUCAACGGGCUUUCCAUCUCACAAACCAUCGCCAUCAAGAGUGACGCAACGGGCAAACCGGAGGCCAGCAGCGCCGCCUGCUCCGCCUCUGUCAGCAGCGCCAAGGUCAAGUUCCAUGGUGGAGCCAGCUGGCUGUACAAUCUGUUUAGCAAAUUUAUUGACAAGGCUCUGCGGAAAGCUCUGGAGAAACAGAUGUGUCCUUUGGUGGCCAAAUCGAUCGCUGAUUUAAACCCUCGCCUGAAGACUCUUAAUGUUCUUGCCAAGGUGGACAAAUACGCAGAGAUUGAAUACUCCAUGGUGUCGUCACCUCAGAUUUCCCAGCCCGCCAUCGAUCUGAACCUAAAGGGAGAAUUCUACAAUAUUGGGAGGCAUCAGGAGGCUCCAUUCCCUGCUCCAGCCUUCUCCCUGCCGGCUCAGAGCAGCAACAUGAUCUACAUUGCCCUGUCCUCCUUCACCCCCAACUCUGCAGGUUUUGUCUACAACAACGCCGGCGUACUCAGCAUGUACGUCACCGAUGACAUGAUCCCACGCAGCUCCCCUAUCCGACUGAGCACCUCCACGUUUGGCUUUUUCAUCCCACAGAUUGCCCAGCGGUUCCCCGGUCUGAUGAUGAAGAUGCUGGUGAAGGCGGACAAAAACCCUGUCGUCAAGUUCCAGCCCAAUGUCAUGACUGUUGAUGCCACGGCCACUGCAACGGCCUACGCCAUCCAGCCCAAUGGCACGCUGUCCCCUCUUUUCGUCCUCAACGUGGACAGCAGCGUCAGCAGCCAGAUGUCUGUGAGCGACCUGAAGCUGGCCAGCCGCAUCACGCUCAACAAAAUGAGUUUGAGUCUGGGUACCAGCUAUGUGGGAGACUUCAAGGUCAACUCCCUUGACAACAUUCUACAAGUCAUCCUGAAACUGGUUGUAAUUCCCACAGUGAACGUUCAACUUUCUAAAGGUUACCCUCUUCCUGCGCUUGGAAAGAUGAAGCUCGUAAACACUCAGCUUCAGAUCAUGCAGGACUACCUGAUGAUCGGAACAGACGUUCAGUUCACCGGCUGAUCUCUGAGGAAGAGGAGAACUCUGGGAGACCGGGAAGUGAAUGACCGCUCCGGAGAAAAGUUUGCUUUAAAUGUCGCCUGCGUUUAUUUUUAUUUUUGGACUCACCUUUUCGGAAAUAUCACGCUCUUUCCAAAAUCAUAUUAGAGCCCUUUCAGCUGCAGACCUGGUCUGAAUUCUCUUUAUAAUGUAUGUAUAUAUAUAUAUAUUUGGUCUGACUUUUUUUCAAGAUGUGCUGACUCAUCACAAAGAUUUUUAAAACUUUUUUUAUUGCAGUCCUGUAAGUUCCCAAUUAAAAAAAAAGGAAAAAGAGCUGUCCUUUUAAGUCACACUCAGGUGUGAUAACCUGAAAAUACGCAGUGGAAAGCACCUGUCGUGUGUUUACAAAGCUCCGUCCGUGAGGGCCCGCCGCCAUCUGUCAAACCGGUUCCUGGUCAGCUGAUCCUCUCAGGGAACUGAGACCGAGCGCUCGACCUCUCAGGCUUUGAGAACUGGCCGACAGGAUCUAGACCAGAACCAAGUCAUUGAAUGUAGCGAACCACUGUAAUGCCUUUUGUCUUUAACUGUGAGCAAUGUUUGUAUGUGUGAAAAACAACUGUUUGACAUGUUUGUGCUUUCUAAAAAUCUGACAAUAAACUUAUGGAGUCUUUAAUAAA